UGCUCCUCUAGAAAAGCCCGACACCCAUCGACGCCCACAUCUCCAAGCCACGCACUGUCACAGGCUGUCGCGUCGCUCGUUCAUCCCGCUGCAAUGGAAGUGCAAAGCGGAAAACGAAAGCGAGAAGAGGACCUGCUACCGAGCAUUACAUAUCUCGUUGGAGAAAGAUCUUUUGAUAGACUUUUCAAGGAACAAUCUCUGGAAGAAAUACAGAAUGUGGUACGGCGAAAACUGCAGCUGCCGUCGAACUCGACGGUCAAGCUAAAGCAGCUGCGUGGCAGCAAGGUUAUUGAUUUAGACGAUGAUGAUGAUUUCGACGCAUUUUCCGCGCGGGCUAGAUUGAUGAAGUUGGUUGAUGUGACGGUGGAGAUUUCACAAACGCCUCCAGCAAACGGAGCCACAUCUUCCACCAGCACGCGUGACGCGUCGAAAGCUUCGGAGACGGGCGUUGCCAAGAAGAAACGCAAAGCCAGUAAUAUCCAGCCCAAGGAUGGCGACGCGUCUGUGGCACCCGAACCGAAGACUAAGAAACGGAAGACAGAUCAGCCUGCAGUGAGCAUUGCUCCCAGGCAUACGGAAAUUGCGAAAAGUUCCAAGGUCGUCCCUGAGGACAAUUUUGUAGAAGAAUUUAUGGCGAACAUUGGGAGAAUAGAGGAGCUGGCCUCAGUCAGUGCUCCAGCAGCAUCCUCACUGAAGCCCUCUGCAAAGCCCGAAGUCUUGAUCAGCACCAAAGCACCAGCCCCCACUGGUGGAGCACCGCCGAAGAAGCCGAGGACGUCCAAGGCUAGUACGGCCAAGGAUGCUGCAGAGAAACCACCAAAGAAGACCAAGAAGGCGAAGGAGACAGAAAAGACAAAGGAGACCUCGAAACUAACAGUACCAGAUGACAAGGAAGUUCCAGCUGCUUCUGGUCCCUCGGAAACGGCGAAGAAAUCAUCGAGGGUGAAGAAGAUUGCCGCACACUCGUUGGAUCUUCAGUCUGUUGGGAGCGUGAAAUCCAAGAACGGUGCAGUUGACGGCGCAGCAGCCUCUGAAAAGAAGAAGAAGGGCAAAGUGAAAGGUAAAGAAGUUGAAAGCGAACCAGCUCCUGAGACAUCUACUUCAACGAAAGGCCGCAAGAAAGUUACAAUUGCGGACGCUUCAGAGGCUCCAGCCCCGAAAGAAAAGAAGACAAAGCAAAGCAAACCGACCAAACCCAAGGCUUCUGAUGCAGAUGAUCAAUAGCUGGCCAACCUCAUAAUCCAAUAAAUAUUCAAGACAUUGUGGAUUCGAUAGCACGUGCAUCGGAGGAAAAGGCUAAAAAGAAUGAUACCAAUGCUGAGGUGAAUUCGGUUAACGAUUCCCAGCCGUCCACUUCACCGGCGCCCCCUGUAAUUACGACCACGAAAGGUGGUGUGUCAUCUAGUCCGCUUUGUCAUGCUUGCUCUGGUUCCUUUCAUCCCUUGUAUCAGUGCCCAACCGUGAGGGCAGGCCAGGAAGCGAUACAGAAUAGACUUGAGGAACUGAGGAAAGCAGGGGCAAAGGAGCAUCAACUCACCAUCAAGGAUUUGGA